GCAAAUGUAGUGAUAAUGUUAUCACUUUUACCUCGUCGAGUUUUCCUAUAUAAACGAGGCGAAACGGCGACAACCAGCAGUUCGACAAUCAUAACAAUGGUUUCCAAAACUUUAUUCGGUCUCUUGGCCGUUCUCUUCUGUGCCCAAGCCGUUUUUGGCAUCACUAUUAUCUCGAAAGCGGAAUGGGGUGGUGCUCCUGCCACCAGUAAAACAACCUUGUCCAAUGGCUUGCAAUAUGCCGUCAUCCAUCAUACAGAGGGUGCCGCUUGUUCCGACAAGGCUUCCUGCAGCCAACAAAUGAGAAAUGUUCACACUUUGGGAUGGCCUGAUAUUGGUUACAACUUCUUGAUUGGUGGUGAUGGCAACAUCUAUGAGGGUCGUGGCUGGAAUGUUGUGGGUGCUCACGCUUCUAACUGGAAUUCCAAGUCACUUGGCAUCUCCUUCAUUGGCAACUAUCACAAUUACAAACCCAGUGCUGCCCAAAUCAAUGCUGCCAAAAAUCUGUUGGCUGCUGCUGUUUCUCGUGGUCAUAUCGUGUCCGGCUAUGUUUUGUACGGCCAUCGUCAAGUCGGAGCCACCGAUUGUCCCGGCACUCACUUGUGGAAUGAAAUCAAGACCUGGGCUCACUGGAAGGCUACACUGCGAAACGAUGACAUAUCCAUCAGUUCAUUUGAAUCGACAAGCCUAGCAAUGGUCUCCAAAUCUUUAUUCGGUCUUCUGGCCGUUCUUUUCUGUGCCCAAGCCGUGUUCGGUAUCACUAUUAUCUCCAAAGCGGAAUGGGGUGGUGCUCCCGCCACCAGUAAAACAACCUUGUCCAAUAACUUGCAAUAUGCUGUCAUCCAUCAUACCGAGGGUGCCGCUUGCUCGGACAGGGCUUCAUGCAGCCAACAAAUGAGAAAUGUUCAACACUACCACCAAAAAACUUUGGGAUGGCCUGAUAUUGGCUACAACUUUUUGAUUGGUGGUGAUGGCAACAUCUAUGAGGGUCGUGGCUGGAAUGUUGUGGGUGCCCACGCUGUUAACUGGAACUCCAAGUCACUUGGCAUCUCCUUCAUUGGUAACUAUCACAAUUACAAACCCAGUGCAGCCCAAAUCAAUGCUGCCAAAAAUCUAUUGGCCGCUGCUGUUUCUCGUGGCCAAAUUGUGUCCGGCUAUGUUUUGUACGGUCAUCGUCAAGUCGGAUCCACCGAUUGUCCCGGCACCCACUUGUGGAAUGAAAUCAAGACCUGGGCUCACUGGAAGGCAUAAGUUUCCAUUUUGAAAAUUGUAUUAUUUGCAGCAGUAAACAAAUAAAUUGAAAAUAUUCUGGCUAAU